AAUUGUUUUUCCUUAUUAGGGUAGUGCAAGACACCUCACAGAAUGUGUUGACCUUCUCCUUCAACUUGGUGAACCAGCUGAAGGAUUAUGUGAUGAUUUCCUUUCUCAUGCUCGUACAAAAUUAGAGGAUGAUCUUGCUAACCUUACAAGAAUAGCAGAAGCUGCAGCUGGCAUUGAGGAAGUCUUGCCUUCAGCAGUAGGAGGUGAAGAUGGUGCUGCAGAUGGAGGAAAAGAUGUAACUCAACCACAGUCUGAUGAGACUGUACCUGAAGGUGCUAGUAUGGACAUAUUGGAAUUUGUUGAUGUAUGCCAUGAGACUUUUGUUGGUAAUCUCUGGCUUGUAAUCUCCUCAUACAAAGAAAUGUUUCUUCGCACACCUGAGGAAGGUGGAAGUGGCUCAUCGGGUAUGGCAGUGGAAAAACUACGUGUUUUUGUUGCUGGAUUGGUGGAGCAGUAUGUAGCAGUUGUUGGUGUCAGGGUUGCUGCAGAACCUGAUACUGCACAUUAUGCUCAACUUACCACUGCUUUGGACAAGUUUCAUCGCCGUCUUCAUGCCAUUACCCAGCUCCUUCCCAAUACAAAUUUUGGAGAGUAAGUUACUUUCUUCCCAGAAGUGUUA